ACGAUGUAAACAAACAUGUAGAUCUCAAUGUAAAAUGUUCAUUGGGUCAUGGACUAAAAUAAUUCUACUGUUGACUGCCGUGGUCGCGGUGCUGCAAGUGAUCCAUUUGAUCCUACUCAACCACUUGGACUCGAUAAGACUGCAAAAGAGUAAAGUUUUGAACGCUGAAAAAGACAGCGUUGUCAUUUCCCCUGAAAAUGAGAUAAAGACCCUGUUUUCAUUGCUGGAUGACACACUGAGAAACAAACAUUUUUUAGACUCGACAGGUGUGUACAGAAUUGCAACUGUUCUCCAGGAGUCCAGGCACAGCGUAUUUUCCACACCAAUCCCAGAUAUUACAUUGGUCACUCAGUGUUCCUUUGAUCAUAUUUUUAAACUAGUCUCCCUUGCAAAAAGAUGGCAGGGUCCCAUAUCAGUGGCUUUGUACAUGGAAGAGGACAUUAUUCCAAAAGCACUUUUGAAAGUCUCCCAACUGAUAGCCUGCUCGCAGGUUUUCAAAGAGAAUGUCACAUUCUCGCUCGUCUCGCCCGUACCGGCGAAAAACAAUCCACCACUGUUGAUGCCAGAAUUUGACACUGAUGACAGCUGUGAUACACGGGUCGAGGAAGAAAACCAGAAUUAUUCCUCCACAAACAAAUUUCCAAACAAUUUGUUGAGAAAUGUCGCCAGGAGGGCUACCACAACUGAGUUUGUGGUUGUUAUUGAUGUUGACAUGAUGCCAAAUGAAAAUCUUAGAUCGGAUUUUUUAUUGUUUGCAACUCAAAGAGGACUGUUCAAAAAAACUCAUCAGUAUGACAAAACAGUCUUUGUUAUUCCUGUCUUUGAGGCUAAAGAUAAUGUGGAGCCUCCUUUGAACAAAGCUCAGCUGCUCAAUCUUGUUGAAACAGGCGAGAUAAGACCGUUUUAUACUGAAUUAUGCUCCAAAUGUCAAGCGCCAACAAAUUACGAUGCUUGGCUUAAUGAACCUCCUGGUGCAGAAAUGGCUGCACUGUUUGAUGUUAUUUGGAAAGACCCCUGGGAGCCUUUCUAUAUCUCGAGCAACAACGUCCCACUGUAUGAUGAGCGGUUCAAACAGUACGGUUUCAACAGGAUAAGCCAGGUGUGCGAGCUCCAUGUUGCAGGCUACACGUUUUCGGUUUUGAACAAUGGUUUUCUGAUUCAUUUAGGCUUUAAAACAAGCAAUUCUUUCCAUGAGGAAAAGGAAGUAGAUCAAGAUAGUAACCGCAUGUUGUUUAGGCAAUUCAAGGCUGAACUAAGAUUCAAAUAUAUCGAUUCAUCUAGAAAAUGUUACUAACUUCAUAAAAUAAAACUCUUUGUGUUGAGUGAAGAAGCAGAAAGAAAUCAAUCAUUAAAAACAUAAAAUAAUUAAAGCACACAGAUUUUAAAAAUAAAAUCUAAUGACUGUUUUACU